ACGACUAUUCAAUCCUCCCCGGCAAGAUCCUCGAACCGUCCGGCGUUCCUGUGUCGACUCUGUCGCCAAACUGCGUUUCGACUCCCAGCACACUCUGCAUUCCGCUCAAAGCCGUGAGCUUUUGGUCGGCUUGGCAGAACGGGGUUAGUAGAGGACCUUAGGGAUCCGUUACCUACCGAGUUCUCCAAGUCUGAAAAGACCACCCAGGUUCUCCGCUACUUUGGAUAGUGAGAUUACCGAGUGACCAUCGAUCACGGCACCUCUCCUCACUCUCGGAAGCACGAUCAUCUUAUCGGACACCCUUGCUGUCGACGUGUUGCCACAGCUCCGUGCCGGAGUAGCGAAUCCAUUCCCUGCCAGUCCCAGCCAACCGUUCCGUCUUCGCAAUUUUCAUUUCCGUGGAUUGGCCACGCGACCACCACCAAGUCAAUCGCUCAACAGAAGCUCGAAUCGUCGAACCCUGUGUACAACUGGAAGCAAUGUCAUCUGCAGCAAUGUCGAAAAAGAACAAGGGGAAGAAGGUCGCAGACCCCAAUGAGACAUCGAAGCUCUUGGCUGCGAAAAUAUCACAGUUGGAGCAAGAUGCUGCUGGGGAGAAGGACCAGGAGGCAGAAAUCGAGCGCGAAGUCAAGAAGGCUACGAGGGACCUGAACCAACUCCUUAGCAAUAUCGAAUCUCCGAUGACGCGGCUCGAAACCGUUCAUAAGAAGUACACCGAGUUGCUGGCCGAUAUGAAGAAGUUGGAUCGCGACUAUUCUAAGAGCAAGAAGCGGGCGGAUCAACUGCAGAAGGAUCAGGACAAGGGCAAAUCUGAGUUGAACAAGACCGUCACCAUGAAGGAUAAAUUGGAGAAGCUAUGCAGGGAGCUUACUAAGGAGAACAAGAAGGUCAAGGACGAAAACAAGAAGCUCGAGGAGACUGAAAAGAAGGCACGGCUGAUUGUCAACGAACGACUCGAUUCUCUCUUAUACGACAUUCAAGACGUCAUGGCCGCCAAAGGAAACCCGCGCAGCGAAAAAGCGGAUGUUGAUCUGGAUGAAGCUUUGCGCGCAAAGAUCAAAACCAUUGGUGAGAAGUUCGAGAUGCGUGAGUUACAUUACAAGGCACUCCUUCGCAGCAAGGAUGCGGAGAUACAAUGCCUUACCGCCAAAUACGAAGAGCAGCGCCGUGCAGCAGAGAAUGAAGCAGCUCGUUGUCGGGCUCUGAGCUCCCAGGUCUCGACUUUUUCGCAUACCGAAGCCGAACUACGCAGUCAACUCAACAUCUACGUGGAGAAGUUCAAGCAGGUGGAGGAUACGCUGAACAACAGCAACGAGCUUUUUCUUACGUUUCGCAAAGAGAUGGAAGAGAUGUCGAAGAAGACCAAACGACUGGAGAAAGAAAACCUCACCCUUACACGGAAGCACGAUCAAACAAACCGCAACAUACUUGAAAUGGCCGAGGAGCGCACGAGAAAUCAUGAGGAGCUGGAAAAGUGGCGAAAGAAAAGCCACCAUCUUGAAGCACUUUGUCGCCGAAUGCAAGCCCAGGGCCGUGGUCAAGGUCUUGCAGCGGAUUUGGACGGCGACGACGAAGGAACAGAGAGCGAAUAUGAUGAAGAUUACGAAGAUGAGGAAGAUGAUGAGGGAAUUAGUGACGAUGACUACGAGCUCGAAAGCCCGGAUGGCGACAUGAACGGAGACCGCGUGGUACCCCAGCCACAAGAAAAGCCAGUAUUCGGGCCACCUCCGCCCCCAAACCUACUGGAAGCGCGAGCCAACGGAAAUAAGGCAAUGAUCAAUGGAUGCCAUUAGUGGACUUUCCAUCUAUAUUAUGUUCUCGUUUAUGUUUCCUUGGCUUGGUAACCACUAGCGAGUGCCGGGGGGCUUGCCUUCUGCGCUGGUGAUGCCGCAGUUGUCUCGGGUGUUUUACUUCUCCUGUUCAGCUGCGUGGCAGAUGACCUUGAUGAGCUGAAAAUAUGCUUCCCCAGGAACAUCCACUGGCAACUGCGCAGUGUAGCACUGGGUCUUUCCUAUUUCCGUAUACAGAUAUUGUAGCGGUUUA